UCUCCCCUCCCUGUCCGUGUCUUCACAGCGGCGUGCAAUUGCUUUACCCUUUGACGUUCCCUGCCGUUGACGUUUCCUGCCGUUGACGUCGCUAGCGCGUGUCAAGUCCGCGGCCCCGGGCCUGCUCCACUUCCCUGGCGGUGAUCUCAUUUCCAACAAUUUCCGGCGAGCUGAAGAGCGUGCCAGCUGCCCGACGGCUGCCCUGAACGCUCCUGCAAUGCGGCUGCCCACGUUGGACGCGCGCGCGCCCGCCCUCGAGCGGCGGCUGGACCAGCAGAACCGCAGCUUCGUCAUUAUCUCCAUCAUCGUCGUCGCCGUCUUCGCCAUCCUGCUCACCACCUACCUCGUCACCCUGCGCUUCCGCCGGCCCUUCUCGUCCCUCCGCAGCAACGACAAGCCCCGCGACAUGCUCCCCUCCCUCUUCUCCUGGUCCCGCCUGCGCGGCACCCGCCAUGCCUACUCCAACUCGCUCCAAGACUCCACCCGCGGCCCCAGCGUCAGCGACAGCACCCGCGACCGGGCCCCGAGCAACGCCUCCGCCGAGCCCGCCGGCGUCGACCGCAACACCUCGAUCCGCAGCAUCAUGACGCUCCCCUCGUACUCGCGCUCCGUGCGCGCCAACGAGCGCCUGCUCGGCCGCGCCGGCGACCGCGACGGCAUGGACAACGUACUCGAGCUGCCCGAGUCCGCGACCGAGGAGGAAGCCACCCGCAACGCCGAAAUGGAGUCGCUGUACCAGAUCCGGCUGGCGCGGCGCGCGGAGGCGGCGGACCGCGAGGCCCGUCGGCAGGCCCGCCGCGACGCGCGCGCCCGCGGCGACACCAUCGCGCUCGCGGAUAUCCGGCGUGCGGCCGAUGCGGCCGCGGACGCGCAGGUCAGCGCGCUGCUGAUUGCGGAGCACCAGGGGCGCGGGCGCGAGCGGCGCGUGUCGGCGGUUAAGUACGCGGAUGUCGGGGUUGCGCGGCACGACGGGACGCGGGUGCGCGCCGGCGAGGACGAGAGCGAUACGCGGGGGUUGCUGGACGGCGCGGCGUCGUUCGGCGGCCGCGAGCGGGGUCUCACGACGACAUCCACAAACUCGUUUAACACGCUGGGCACGGGGCACGAGCGCGGGGGCUCCGUGUCGUCGGCCGCGCGCUCGUCGGUGGACAGCCGCGCCGACGGGAGUGCCGGAGGCGGGAGCCGUAACGCCUCGCGCGCGGCUUCGCUGGACGCAGGCACCGCGCUCGCACACACGAACACGCACUCGAACGCGCACUCCCCCGCCGCCAGCAGAGACGCGAGCCCCCACCCGCUCCCCGCCGAGGACGCGCCGGCCUACGAGGACCCGCCUGAUUACUCGAGUCCCGUGGACCGCCGCGCACCGCUGCUGCCGCGGGUCCCGGAUGCGUCGCACGCGCGGCAGGCGAGCUUUGAGCGGCAGGCGAGUUUUGGCGGGAUGGCGGGGGAGGGCAGGCGGGCUAGUAUCGCGCGGUCCGUGGAUGCGAAUGUGACGCAGCCGCUGAGUCCCUCGCGGCAGUCGAGUUUUGGAGCGCAGUCGAGUGUCGGAGCGCAGUCUAGCAGAGACAGGCCCUCGGGUGCUGAACGCCCCUCCGGACCCCCCCGGGUGCCCAGUCUGCAGCGCCUGCCCAGUCUCGAGCGAAUGCCUAGUCUGCGAGUCGUGAUGACGGCGCCGACGCCUGUGGAUGGCGAUAUGGCUGCGUUUCGGUAGUGCGCCGCCACCCGCAGACGGCGGAUCUGAGGCCGGGGACGGGCGUGCGGUAGCGGUAGCGGUGGACGACAGAACGUAACCCUCGGUGACCGCGCUGGGGGUGUUGUGCCGGAUGCGGAGAUGGGGGUGUCGACUCGCACCGCACCGCACG